AUGAACUUGGGACCAUUGUUCGAUUCGGAGAAUGUGGUUCUUCCACCUAGAGGUAUCUCUUCUGCCCCAGGCAUUGUUAUCUUAUUCACCUACCUCUACAGUAGCAUGGUGUUCUUCACAAAACGCAACUUGUUUUCAACCUUCAAGUUCAACCUGCUGGUGGCCAAGAUGUGCUCCCACCGCCGGUCAACCUCGUGGUGUGAAAGUAUCGGCAAGAAUCUGACACAGGAGACGGCUGUACCUCGUCAUGGUGCACGGUCCUUGACGCAAAUAUUGAUGGCGUGGGAAGGAACUUCAGAUAUAGUUCUCCAAGGUGCCGCACCGUUGAAGCUUCACUGGCAUACCUCCAGUAGCUCCCCAUCAGCGACAGGUAAGGAGGGACAACUGAAGGCUACCCCUCUACCCACCCAAUCUGGUUUUGUCCUUGAAGUUCCCCUGCUCGUCCUCCAAGUUUCCCUGCUCGCCCUCGGAAACAGACUUGCCCACACUCAGCACCAGCGCCUUCACCGUGAUCUCCAGUCCUCUCUUCUUGGUUACUGA